UCGGCUGCCCUGCCCAUCGCCCGUCGGAAUCCUCCCUCCCUCCUCCACUGCGGCUACCAGUGUUCGUGGCAGCCACCAGACCCGUGUGAAACGGCACGGCAGUGUUGGUCGCGGCUGUCCCUGGAGGCGCUCCUGCGGAGUUUGGUCGUGAGAUGGGCGGCGGGAACUGCGGCGUGUGCAAGGAGGCGGCGUCCAAGUACAAGUGCCCCUCCUGCCGCACGCCCUAUUGCUCUGUCACAUGCUUCAAAAAUCACAAAGAGGAAUCUUGCCAAAAGACAUUGCCUCAGGAAGAAAUUAGCAAAUCAUCACUAGAGGAGGAAGUUACACGGAGCUCUGGUUUGCUGGAAGAUGGAACAAGUUGUCUUAAUGGCAAGGAUCAACCUCCCUCUUUUUCACCGGACACCACAUGCCCUGCAAAAUCUUCAGAUACACUGUGUCCUGCAAAAGCUCAUGAAGUUGAGGAUCCAAGCUGGCUUGUUGACAACAAUAGAUUAAGGUCUUUAGCGGAACUAAACGAGAUUCGAGAUGCUUUGAGGGAUCCUGAACUGCAGAAAAUGAUACUUAAGAUCGACGGCUCUUCAGAAUCAGAAAAAGAAUUGGAGAAAGUGAUGGAAGAUCAAGCUUUUCACCAAUUCACUGAUAAGAUUCUUGACAUUGUUAGUCCACGAGAAUGAUGGCCUCUCCUGGUUGGUGGAACUCUGAUGCUGGACCAAAUAGAGGCAUCCAGGCAAACAAGGGCAAGUGGAGCAACUCGUCGGUCUUUCUUUUCCAAGAUGGGGUAGACUUUAAGUUAGAACGCAUCUCCAGUCACCGAGUGAAAGGAAUCCGUUUUUACUCUGAAAACAUCUCGUUAGCGAAGAUGUUUCUUCGGUGGUAGCAUCCUACAUUUCAUUUCAGUAAGUCAUACAUAUGUCUGUAUGACCCAAAAAAAGGUGUAGCAUAGACAGCGUCACUAUGUUAACGAGAAGAAUGCUGAAAAGAUGGGUGAAAUGGUAUGCGAACAUCCAUUUCAAAAAGCUUAGAUAUUAUAUAAAAUUGUAUUCACAGUUCUGUGGAAAUUCAUUCUGGAUAACCGGUGCUUGUUGAA